AUGGGCAAUUCUAAGGUCAUCUCCAGCCAGGGUGCCGAGAACUCCGUUAUACCAGACUUGGAACAAAACCCGGAGAAAUCUGAGGGCGUGGAACGGGUGGCUGAGAUUGGGAGAACCAAUUCCCCAAGAGAGCAACCCGAUCAAGAGGAUGCUGAGCCAACGACCAAGAAGUCGCUUUCUUUCAAGCUCGCUUUCAUAGGGUUGGCAGCGAGUCUUUUCGUUUUCCAGUUAGAUGCAACAUGUUUGGGUAUUGCCCUGCCAACCAUUGCUGGUGACCUGACAGCCACCAGUUUAGAGUCAUUCUGGGCGAAUCUGGCCUACACUCUUUGUGGGCUGGUAAUGCAACCAGUUUGGGCGAGCAUCUCCAACGCGUUCGGUCGCAAACCCCCUUUACAUGUGUCUAUGGGUCUUUUCUUUGUCGGUUCAAUCGUUUUUGCUACGGCGCAAAAUAUGACCACCAUCAUUGCUGGGCGGGUCCUCCAGGGUCUCGGAGGUGGAGGAAUCGAUGUCCUGGCAGAGGUUAUUCUCGCGGAUAUGACCACUCUGGAGGAACGCUCGAAAUAUCUCGGCUUGAUGGCCAUUCCUUCGGCUAUCGGGAAUAUCAUGGGCCCUACUGUCGGGGCUUUGUUUUCUACGUAUGCCUCUUGGAGGUGGAUAGGAUGGAUCAACCUGCCGUGGCUCGGAAUUGGGACACCUUUGGUUAUGCUCUUCCUCAAACUUCGACCUGUUCCACUCGACGCCACGCUGGCUAUGAAUUUGAAGCGCCUGGACUGGAUCGGAAUGGCACUUCUUAUCAUCGGAAUUUCUAUUUUUGUGGUUCCCAUGAGUUGGGCAGGCUCCUUAUAUCCAUGGCCCUCCUGGCAGACACUCCUACCAAUGUUCUUAGGAGUUGCAGUACUUGUCGCCUUCGGCUUCUACGAGGCAAAGCCUGCCAAUCCUAUCGUUCCGCAUCGCAUUUUCCAUUCAAAGACGGGAAAUGUGACCCUAGUAGGUGGUUUUCUUCACGGCGUGGUACUAGUCUCCCUCUUACAGUACUUGCCAUUGCUCUAUCAAGCCGUGGAGCUCGAAAGCCCAAUCUCAUCCGCCGUCUCCCUACUCCCCACCACUAUAAUUAGCGUGGUUUUCGCCGCCAUCUCGAUGAUGAUGGUACCGCUGUUCGGAGGCUACAUGUGGCUUCUACGACUUUCGUGGGUUAUCCUGACACUAGGAUCCGGUUUGCUAGCCCUCUUUGACGUAGGGUCCUCGGCAUCAAUGCGUUACGGGCUUCCUAUUCUGUGGGGUCAAGGUGUUGCGCUACUACGUCUCAAUCUUCUUCCUAUGCAAGCAAGUGUUAAGAAUGUUGAUGACACAGGCUUGGCUAUCGCACAGUUUUUAACUAUUCGCAUGUUCGGUGGUCUUGUCGGCCUCACCAUCUCUUCGUCAAUUUUCAACAACGUUUUCUCCAAAGCUAUCGCUGAUACUACAGUUCAGCUGAGCGGAGCCUUGGCGCCUUUGAAAGAUGCUUCCAACGCUGUGAGAUUCAUCGAUUCGUUAAGAUCACUGCAAGUGUCUAUUUCAACGAUGGACCAGGUCCUAGGGGUCUAUCUAGAGUGCUUCCGCACGAUAUUCUAUGUGAUGACCGGUAUGGGCGCGCUGGGCUUGGUGACUUCAAUCUUCCUGGACGAGAUAGAUCUCAAGGGCCGGGAACUUGGUAACCAGCGCUUCGAGGACUAG